CCCAAACUUAAUGGGUUUUUAAGUCGAACUUCCGUGGAAACCUUUGUCUUAAAUGCAGACAAAAUUUGCCCUCAAUCUUGACGUAAGAACCAUUCAUGAUCACCAUGAACUCGACGCCGGGAAACGAGUCUGAGACUAUCCGGCGCACUGCAGACGACAAGAAAGCCGACGUCAAGCUGUUCGAGGAGAAUCUAGAGAAAGGAGCGUUCUCCGAGUGGCCCAACGAGGCUGGCUUUGAUGGCUUGGCCGAGCAACGAGGCCCAAUAGAGCUCGUAGUCAAGGGUAACAUCCUUGCCUGGACCGCAGGUUCACUCUACCGAACCGGGCCCGGAGCCUGCAAGGUCGAGGACACCAAGUCCGGAACCUUUCACAUAUCUCACUGGUUCGACGGACUUGCGCACACGCAUAAGUUCGAAAUCCUGGCUGUCAAAGAUGAUGGUCUCACUGACCAUGGCGACGUCAAAGUCAGGGUCUUGUAUUCGUCUCGCCGUCAGGCUGAAGCCCUGGCGGACUCCAUUAGAAACGCUGGUAUGAUCAAGGCCAUCUGCUUUGGUCAGCGCAGCGACCCCUGUAUGGGAAUCUUCGGCAGGUUCAUGGCUACCUUCCGUCGAUUUGAGCGACAGGACAAUGUCUGUGUCACUGUCAAUGCCAACAUGAGCGCACUCGAGAAAGCUGCCCAAGUCGCCACCAAAAGCAAGACGAAUGACAAGGACAUUACCCAAGGUCAUCGUGCGGCUACCAAAUCCGUCCUUCUCGGUACUGACACAGCGUGGUUCUGCGAGAUCGACCCGGAUACCAUGGAGCCACGUCGCUACAUCAACCAAGGAUAUCUGGACAGUAAGCUCAUAGGAGCAAUGGGGCCCGCCCAUGGCCAGCUCGACCCUGAGACAGGAGACUAUAUCAGCUUCAACUGCGAAUUCGUCAGCCCCCUAGCCAAGUACCAGAUCUUCCGGAUCAGCGCUUCCACGGGAGAGACCUCAAUCCUGGCCACCAUCAAAUCCAAGCCGGCCUACAUCCACAGCUUCUUCAUGACGCAGAACCACGUGGUCCUCUGCGUACCCGUCUCGCACUACGAGCUAUUCGGACUCAAAAUGAUCUGGACGGGUUGCAUCCUCGACGCCAUGAAGCCGUUCGACCCUACUGAGUGUUGCAGGUGGUACAUUAUCGAUCAGCGCCACGGCAAAGGACUUCUUGCCGAGUUCUUUUCUCCUGCUUCGUUCUUCUUCCACUCCACCAACGCCUUCGAAGAACACGAUUCCGGCGAUAUUAUCUGCGAGCUAGUCGAGUACCCCAACCUGAAUAUCAUCUCGGGGUUGUACUACGACGUCCUCCUCGACCGCGAGGGCAAGGGGAAGGAGUUCUGGCGCGAGCGCAUGCUGAAGGAUGGGUCGAGCCCCAGCUUGGUCAGAUACCGAUUUCGCAAAGAUGAUAUCGAGGCAUUGGCGAUGAAUAAGCAGAACAUCGCCCCCGCGUUGUUGCAGCCGGAGAGAAAAGUCUUGGCUUCGUGUCCGUAUGUUGGAGAUAUGCCGACUAUCAACACGGAGUAUGCCUGCCUUGAGAACAGAUUCGUCUAUAACCUUACCAGCCGCGGGUUCAGCACACUAUUCGACUCCAUUGCUAAGAUCGAUACGAAGACACGGGAAGUUGUAGUUUGGGCUGGACCGAAGGGGCACACGCCUAGCGAGGCUAUUUUCGUUGCUCGACCCCGUGCUGCCGGUGCGCAUGCCGUUGCUGAUUGUCAGAAGCAGAAAGAGAUUCUCGACGAGGACGACGGAGUCUUGCUUAGCGUUGUUCUGGAUGGAUACAAGAAAACGAGUUACUUGCUUUGUUUGGACGCCAAGACCAUGACGGAGCUAGGCAGAGCGGAGUGCGACUUUGCCGUUGGAUUCGGAUUUCACGGACAGCACAUCACCGCGGUAUGAGAUAGAGAGCGAGAGAGUAUGGAAUACGUGCUGGAAGAUUUGGUGGGAUUUUUUCUACGGUUCUUUUAUACACGAGUUUAGAGCUCGAAGGUUGAAGCUUGACAUCCGCGAAGUGCGGAAUAAGACAUGGUGCCAAAUCUGUUUUCGUCAAAUUCUUCCGGCAACACCGUCACUUAUUCCCUAGCUCUUUUUUGUUUUUUUUGUGAGAGACACCGGUUUCGAGCCACAUGGGCUACUCUUAGAAAGAGG